AUGUGUCAUCACUGUCCUUCAAUGUCGUCUGCUUUUCGUAAUAUACUUAAAUUCAGUUUUAUCUCUGAGAUUAUUUGUUACAAUUUGAUUCUCAAGCAGACGACAUUACCCUUCCAAUUCAAAGUCGCAACAAAUUUGUUCUCUUUUCGCUGUCUCACUUUAAUCUCCUCCUUUUUACUCUCUCUCUCUCUCCCUCACUUUUACUAUCCUCUCACUUCUCCUCAUCUUGAAUUUAUUUUCUCUUCCUCUCACCUCUAUUAUCUUCCUCUGUUCAUUCUCUUCCCGUGUCCUUUUUUUUCUCUUUCUCUUUACCUUCCACACUCUCUUCUUUUCUGCCUUCUUUCUUAUUCUUUCUCCCUCUCUCUCUCUCUCUAUCUCUCUCUACUUUCCUGUUUCUACCUUUCAUUCUUCCUCCACCACGUCAUCUGUUUUCUCUCUUCUUUUCUUUACAUUGAAUUUUUACUCUUUUUCUCUUUUCCCUCCUCCUUUCACUAUCUCCCUUCUUCUCCUCUUCACCUGUUUAUUCUCUGUUUCUUUUACUCUCCCUUCUAUUACUUUACUUUUCACACUCUUCUUCCCCUCCUUCUUUCUUACACUCAUUCCCUCUGUUUUACUUUCACUCUUUCUUCAACACUUCCUUACUAUCUAACCCUUUCACUCUCUCCUUUGCCUCUUUUCUUAUGA